AUGCUCGACCUUGUUGAUGACGCGUCACGACGCGAGAAAUGCUUCACCACCGUUGCCCAGCUCCCCGCAUUGGUCGACCCGAAGCAGGUCGCAAGUAAAAAAUCGCCUUUCUCUGCCAUCCUCAACCACCCAUUUGUCCAUACGAUCGAGGUAAUCCUGCCAAAAGAUGUCUAUGAGAAGAAUCAGGCAUCAUUGGAUGCCCAGUUGGAGGUUCCUCAAUGUGCUCGGGUUUUCAUGUACCCAUCUGACCUACUCGAACAUGACUUCUUCAAUACAUACAUCAAAGCUGGAAACAUCCUCAUGAUAUCAGAGGGUCGACCAGGCUCAGAUACUGUGUUCACCUUGCGAGACGGCCUUCUCAAGGUAGAAACCGGGAAAGAGAUUUAUGAACGCACUGGACUUUCGGGAAAACCGAUUCGCAGCGGCGGUCGGAAACAUGGCAAGGAAAGAUUCGGUAGGAUGGACCGAAUUGUGGUACCGCCGCUGUCAGGCUUAGUAGCAAAAGACAUGCCCGAGAUUGAGCAACAAGAAGCUUGCGGGGCCUUCUCAGAAUGGAUUGCCUUGGUCCAAAUGCGGUCGCCCCGUGUAGCUGUUGACGAUGAUGUUGACCCCUAUCUAAGUCGCUACAGUGUGCCGGACUCUGAUAAAUCAAGUGUCUCGGACUUGAUCAGCUUGAAGUGGCACGGUCUCAUUUCUCCAAAGUGGACGAUUCAAUUAUUUGCCUCUCUGUUAUCUCAUACCACAAAUUUGGGUUCCUCUGCAUGGUUUGUACUUUCUGCAUCUGCUUUAGAUAAGCAAGCUGUAGAAGGCAGAGAUGGAUACACUAUUGCCGCUGCUCCAGACAUUAUCUCUGAGCAAGCUGGCGAUGCAGGAGCAUCCACCAAGCGUUAUGCGAUCAGUUGGGAAUUUGUAGGGGCAAGUGCGACUGAGUCCUGA